CCGGAAGUGUGCGGCCGGCUUCCUCUUUGCCUCCUCCAAGAUGGCCGGCAGGGGGCUGGUAGUGGAGGGCAGAGUCAGUGUGCUGAGCUUCGUGCUCGGGGUGUCGGUCAUCUUUCUGCCGUUCAUCACCAGCCGGUACACGGAGCCGGAGCAGACCCUGCUGGGCACCACCCCGGGCAGGAUAACGCUGGGACUGUUCGUGGCGCUUGUGAACGGGAUCCUCGUGUUCCUGUACCGGGCGCAUCUCUACCAGGUCGCCAUCAGAGCAGCGUUCUUAGGUUUUGCGUUCGGCUGCGGUUUGUUGGUGAGCAUCACCCAGUCACCAUGGAGACACUUCGGGUGGUACAUGUGCUCACUCUCCUUCUUCCAUUACUCUGAAUAUUUAAUAACGGCGCUGAACAAUCCUAAGAGCCUGUCCCUGGACUCCUUCCUGCUGAACCACAGUCUGGAGUACACGCUGGCCGCCAUCUCCUCCUGGGUGGAGUUCACUAUAGAGAGAACACUGUGUCCAGAACUGAAGCAGAUCACAUGGCUGAGCAUCAUCGGGCUGGUCAUGGUUCUCUUCGGGGAGUCUCUGAGGAAAUCUGCCAUGCUCACAGCCGGAUCCAAUUUCAAUCACAUUGUUCAAAAUGAGAAAUCGGAAUCGCACACUCUGGUGACCAGCGGCGUCUACUCCUGGUUCAGACACCCGUCCUACGUGGGCUGGUUCUACUGGAGCAUUGGGACCCAGGUUCUGCUGUGUAAUCCGGUUUGUCUCAUCGGCUACACUCUGGCGUCCUGGAGGUUUUUCCGUGAGCGGGUGGAGGAGGAGGAAUUCUCGCUGAUCCACUUCUUCGGGCAGGAAUACGUGGAUUAUAAAAGGAAUGUUCCCACAGGUUUGCCGUUUAUAAACGGGGUCAAGGUGGAGCCAUAAGAUGGCGCCGCAGCGCACAGUGACGCUCUUCCUGGACCCAGCAGACCCGCUCCCGGCACAUGAGGAUACGUAGACGACGUUCUUGAAGUCUCUUUUUUUUUUCUUUAAAUCAAGAGGAUUCACGAGGGGCUACGACGAUUCGGCCACACGAGCGGAUAAUUUUUAUUAUUUUUUUUUUUUUCCGGAAUCUUCUGUCACAAUACAGGGAGGGGGAGGGGUGAAACAUUUUCUAUAGAACAUUUUAUAUAUAAAUUUAUUUAAUGACGUUGAUCCGGACAAAAGACGUAUGCAUGGAUGUUAGAGACGCCAAAGCCGAUGUGCGCGCUCCUGAUGGGGGUUGUAGUAGUGCAGCGACUUUAGAAAUCCUACAGAUCGGAGACAUUUUGUGGGCUGGGGGGGUAACUUCUCUGAGGGGGCUGAAUCAAUACGGGUUGUAAUGGAGUAUUUAUGAAUUUGGAAGAGAUAUUCUCAGCACUUGGAUAUAUCAAAAUAUUACGGGACCCCCGACUGCGAGAGGAGGUGGAGGACCACUUUAGAUUUUUCCAUUCACAUGGAUGCUCCUGGCUAAUUCCUUCUGCAGGGGACUGAGAGAGACAGCAGGGGGCGCCGUUGUGAAGGGGUCACAACAGUGUUUCCCAACCAGGGUGCCUCUAGCGGUUGCAAAACUACAACUCCCAGCAUGCCCGGACAGCCGUUGGCUGUCCGGGCAUGCUGUGAGUUGUAGUUUUGCCACCACUGGAGGCAUCCUCUUUAGGAAACAAUGAGUUGCAGAAAAAAAACAUACUUGCCUAUCCCUGAUCCUCGCAGCUUCAUCCAGUCCCCUUAUUUUCCUGUUUCCAAAAUGAGUGCUGGGUGCAGGACCUUCUGGCUCAGCCAAUCACUGGGACCGUACACCACUACGGUCAGUGAUUGGCUGAGCCGGAAGGUCCUGCACCCUGCAGGAAGAAGACUGGAUGGAGCCGAACGAGAGCUGCAGGGGACCAGGGCAAGGUGAGUAUAGUUAUAUUUUUGGGGGGGGGAUUGUUUGUAAUUUUUUUUUAUUUAAAAAUAGUUUUUUUGUUUCAUUUUUUUAAAUUUUUUUUAAUGGGGCUCAGUACAGUGUUAUUGUUCAUGCUUGGGCCGAAAUACCUCAUUUAACCCCUUGCCGCCAAUGGACGGUCAAUAACGUCCAUUUGCGGCUCCAGAGGCAUGACGCUCGCUCAGCAGGUGAUCGCGCAUCAUACCCGGUGGGUCCCGGUUGCUGUAAGCAACCAGGACCCGCGUCUGACGCCGGAUAUCGCCGAUCAGGCUGAUGUCCGGCAUUAACCCUUUAGAUCGCCGCGUCUAAAAUGAAAGUAAACACUGCCGGUUAGCUCGGUGGUGCUGUUCGGGACCGCCGCGGUGAAAUCGCGGCACCCCGAACAGCUUGCAGGAAGCGAGGAGGAUCCCUACCUGCCUCCUCGCUGUCCGAUUGCCGAAUGACUGCUCCGUGCCUGAGAUCCAGGCAGAAGCAGUCGAUAACACUGAUCAAUGCUAUGCUAUUGCAUGGUGGUGAUCAGUGUAGGAAAUCAGUGUGUGCCGUGUUAUAGUGCCCUAUCAAGGCUAUAACAUUGCAAUAAAAAAGUGAAAAUAAAGUGUUAAUAAAUGUGAAUUAACCCCUUCCCUAAUAAAAGUUUGAAUCACUCCCCUUUUCUUAUUUAAAAAAAAAGUGUGUAAAUAAAAAUAAACAAACAUAUGUGGUAUUGCCGCGUGCGUAAAUGUCCGAACUAUAAUAAUAUAUAAUUAAUUAAACUGGACAGUCUACGGCGUACAUGUAAAGAAAUUCCGAGAUCCAAAAAAGUGUAUUUUUGGUCACUUUUUAUACCAUAAAUUUUUUUUUUAUAAAAAGUGAUCAAAAAGUCCGAUCAAUACAAAAAUGGCACCGAUAAAAACUUCAGAUCACGGCGCAAGAAAAUGAGACCCUCAUACCGCCCCAUACGCGGGAAAAUAAGAGUUAUAGGGGUCAGAAGAGGAUAUUUUUCAACGUAUUCAUUUUGGUGCAUGUAGUUUAUCAUUUAAAUGUUUUAAUUUUUUAUUAGUAGUAAAAUAAAAUCAAACCUAUAUAAAUUUGGGUAUCCUUGGACCUACAGAAAAAAAAAAGAUGUAAUUUAUACCGAAAACUGCACUGCGUAGAAACGCUAAAAAUUACAAAAUGGCUUUUUUUUUUCUUUCAAUUUUGCCCCACAAAUUUUUUAUUUUUUUUUCUAUUCUGGUUACGCUGUAGAUUUUGUGGUGAAAUUAUUAUUGGUAUUAUCAAGAAAUAGAAGCGCAGAGCUAAUUUCUUCCAGAAACAGCCCCACCCCUGUCCUCAGGUUAUGUGGGUCAUUACAACUUGGCAACAUUCACUUCAAUGGAACUGAGCUGCAAUACCACAAACAACCUAAGGACAUGGGUGGUGCUGUUUUUGGAAGAAAUAGUCUGUUGUGUUUUUUUUUUUUUUUCCCUGGAUAACACUUUUAAAGGGGUACUCUACUGCUAGACAUCUUAUCCCCUAUCCAAAGGCUAGGGAAUAAGAUGUCUGAUCGCGGGGGUUGCGUUGCUGGGGCCCCCUGCAGUCUCCCAUAGCACCUGGUGUUCCAAACAAACACUGGGUUCCUGCGGCAGUGGCCAUGACAUCACGGCCAUUCCCCUCAUGAUGUCACGUCACGCCUCCAUUCAUGUCUAUUGGGGGGGGUGUUGGCGGACACGCCCCCUCAUAGACAUGAAUGAAGGGGGCGUGGCCAUGACGUCAGGGCCUCCAGCUCCGAGUGUUCUGAAAUAAAUGUUCUGAACACUGGAGUACCCCUUUAAUGCACUUUCCUGUGGGUGAGAUGUCUCCUCGCUGAGCUCGGCGCCUCGUCUUUUGGGUGUAUUCAAUAUGGCCGCCACAGUAUUAUUCAGCAUUGGCCACAUCUACAUCUAUCAAUAUGAGCAAUGACUGAAUUCUAUUGUGACACCGUAAUAAGAGAUGAUGGGCGCUGCCUGAGGAGAUGCCGGUCACGGAUGGGGCUCCCGCUCUUCUAUGUCUUCUAUCCUCUUCUGUCAUGGUGGGGGGAGUCGUCUUCUAUCCUCUUCUGUCAUGGUGGGGGGAGUCGUCUUCUAGUGCAGAUAUAAAGGAGGCUGCUGCCUCUGUUCACUCCUAUGAUAGGGCAAGGAAAUGGGCAGAAUCAUGGAAAUAUCAGUCAUGGAAGCUUGUCAGUCCCUGGCAUAAAGGGGAACUCUGUCUUAAGCCCAGGGUGCAGGCCUGGUCCAUAAACAACUCAGUAUUAAAGGGGUACUCCACUGUUCAGCAUUGGGAACAGACUGUUCCGAACGCUGGAGCUGGCCCCGGGAGCUCAUGACAUCAUAGCCCCGCCCCCUCAUGGCGUCACACCCCGCCCCCUCAAUGCAAGUCUAUGGGAGGGGGCGUGACAGCUGUAGGCACACUGGUUUUCCCGGAUAUCACUGCGCCGUUCUGUGGAUGACAUCAUAUGAGGCUCUGAUCUUCACCUGGACGCCGUAUACCGCACCCGCUGGGGAUUUCAGCUCCGUAUUUAUAUUGAGAUGUGUCAGGUCUGAAUUCAUCCUUUUUCGUAUCCAUAUAAAAGUUUAGAUCGAUUUCUUAGAAUGUUGAGUAGUUUUUAGUUUUUUCAUGUUUUUGUCUAUUUUUGUACUGAUUUUGAAUUAUUUUGUGUCUUUUCCAUUCACUUUCAGAGCUGAUUACAAAGUCCUGCUGGUUCUGCUCAGAAUUGACUUAGUCGGGCAUAUAGGUCCUUAUACACACAGAGCACAUCCAGCCGAGCUUAUAGGUCCUUAUACACACAGAGCACAUCC